CGCAGAGGGGGAAGACAGACAAGCUACAGCUCUGCCUUUGCUAUCAUCGCUAACAUUUUUCUUUAAUGGCGUUUUACAAGGAUGAUGCUCAGGAGGACGUGAGCGAAUGUCCAGUUUGCUAUGAGAGUCUGUGUGGUACUGAAAGGACUCUCAGCUGUGGACAUGUGUUCUGUCACGACUGCCUGGUCAAAACACUGGUGAGCAUCCACACUGAUGGAAACAUCAGGGACACCAUCGUGUGUCCAAUCUGCAGACACCUCACCUUCAUCAGGAAGCAAAAAGAUGAGCUGCUCACCUUGACAGAGACGAAUGGGGACCCAGAGGAUGGAGGAGGACGACAGACCCUGGAGGUUCCCAUGAUGACUCUACCACCACCACUGGUCCAGGUUCAGGAGACACCAGCUUCACCCACAGGAGUCAGGUGGAUUAGAAACUGUUUUCAUGGGGUUUCAGAACGCUUCCGUCGGCAGAGACUCAUCGGGCCAUGUCACAGCGCCUCCCAGAUCUUCAUCAUAAGCACCCAAGGGAGACCCAUGACUGAGGAGGACGCCUUCAGCAUGGUAAUGACUGUGGUGCAUCCGCAUCGUAGGCAUAGGUACAGACUGUGCACCACUGCCCGGUGUUUGCUGGUGCUGCUGUCCGCAUUUACAAUGCUCGCACUGGUGGCUGCAAUAUUACCAUGGAUCCUAUUGGCCUGAGAAUGAAGGACAAGGUGCCAUUUACAAAAUAUAUGAAUAUCGUCUUGCGUGGGGCAACAUUCCAAAGAGCACCUGCUGUUUUCUUAUGUUGCAUUCAUUGCCUGUCCUAUCCAUACUGUACUGUAAGUAAUGAAGUGCAACCUUGAAAAUACUACAAUACAAUGCAAGAAAAGUUGUGCCGACUCCCAAUGUUGUUGGACACAUGUUUCCAAGCAACAGGAAAACGUGCCAGCAUCAUGUUUUAUCAUCUCAGGAGAUUAUAAAGCUCCUAUUUUAACUUUGUGUGCAGCUCAAGUGUUUAAAUUAUCGAUGAUGCACCUUCAUCUGAAGGAGAUGCUGCAAGGCGAUACACCCCACCUAACAAUAGUGUAGCAUUGAAUUACCCCCAACAGAUAAUUUGAUCUUUGCUGCUAUACAGAACAUUAUUGUGGCUCUUUAAAGCUCUGACUUGCAUUACACAACACUGAGAUUCAGACACAAACGUUUCCUUGUGUGUCUAAGAAGCAUGCAUCCCGUCUGGCCAGUCUUACUUGUUACAAACUGAACCCAACAUACCUGCCUUCUCUGCAUGUAGAGAAGGGGCAGGUUGAAAAUAAUAGCUUUCUCUCUUCACAAACUUGUUGCAAUUCAUUAAUUGAAUAGUAAAAAUCACAUUCUCUGUCAAUCACAAGUGGAAAGGAACUGUGGAAUAAAGUGAAGCUACUAUUUGCAGAGCGAGUGAGCUUUAGUUGGUAUUGUUGAAAUUGAUAAGUGCUGUGAAGUGUUCAGUAAGCGUAUUUAUGUUAGCAAAUGUUUACAAAUGAUAUUAAGUUAAUGCCACUUUAGACUUCUUUUAGAUCAGGGAUUUCUGAAGUGGAGAACCAUUUCAUAACAAUAGUGUUCUGUAUCGCAGCAAAGAUCUAAGAUAUAUCAUUAGAUCGGACACAAAUAUAUUA